AUGUUCGAAGACUUCUCUUUCUCGUCGCCAUCUUCGCGACCAGGCCGGUUGGCUGUGGAUGCAGACGAUCGGCUCAUGGUCGAUUGCGAUAGUACUCUGGUCUCGCCCCUGUCGUCGCGAUGCCCCUCGCCGCAGUCGCACCGAUUCCGCACUCUAUCCCGCCCCCGAUCCUUCUACUCUCGCUCCCAACAACCACCUCCGACCUCUGUGCCCUUUCCUUAUGAGCAAAAGCGUCUUUCCAUUUCGACGCUGACGCAGAAAUUGCACGAACACACUCUCCAGGCCCCAGGCAGUGACAUCCCGGACCAGGCGCGGUUUCGGCACAAUGGGGCCAGACUCUCCGGCCGAUACUCUGGCUAUGUCCUUACGCCACCGGAUACGGAUCAUGAUGAGGACGGACGCGGUGACUCGUCGCCCUCGCUUUGUUCUAACCCCAGUCCCACGUCAAUCCCACCGGAUUUCCUCUCUCUAGACCGAAUGGAGACUCCGAACCAGACAUCCAAUAUCCCAGACCACUUUGACGUUCGUUUGCAACGGCAGCACAUAUCGCAAUUACAAUGCAACGAAGGGGACAUUGAUGCAGUUCGCCGGACUGUCGUCGGGGAGGGCUCUUUCAAUCCAGACAUGCUCCCAGACGACUGCCACCCCAGCUCUUUACCACCGCGGUCCUCGCCCCGGCGGAGAGCACUUACAUUACACCGAAGCCGUUUCGGACCAGACGGCUCUGCGGGCGAGUCCCGGGGCCGACGCAGAAGCAGUUCUGGUGCAAUGCAAUCGCACCGGAUAGAGAAAAGCCACUACACUUCUCAUACGGGGCGAGAUGCUUCUAAACGAGGCGACCACCAUGGGCUCCGUAGGAAGAGCAUGGUGAGCGCGGUUCUGGCGUCUGUAGUGGAAACUCCUUGA